AUGAAUGCCACAGGGUCCCUGGCGGCAGGGCCCCCAGACUCCUGCCAGCAGCUGGCCGUCGAGGGGCACAGCCGGCUGAUCUUGCUGCAUUAUAACUUCUCAGGGCGCCUGGCGUGGCGCAGGGGGCCCGAGGAUGGCAGCCUGGGGGCUCUGCGUGGUCUCUUUGUGGCCAUCAGCUGCCUGGUGGUGCUGGAGAACCUGCUGGUAUUGGCUGCCAUCAUGACCCGCAUGCGGUCCCGGCGCUGGGUCUUCUACUGCCUGGUGAACAUCACGCUGAGUGACCUCCUCACAGGUGUGGCUUACCUGUCCAACGUCCUGCUCUCGGGACCCCGCACCUUCCGUCUGGGGCCCACUGAGUGGUUCCUUCGGGAGGGUCUGCUCUUCAUGGCCCUGGCCGCAUCCACCUUCAGCCUCCUGUUCACCGCCAUUGAGCGCUUCACCACCAUGGUGCACCUGGUUGCUGAGAGCCGGGCUACCAAGCGCGUCCGUGUCUACGGCUUCAUGGGGCUGUGCUGGCUGCUGGCCGCGUUGCUGGGAAUGCUGCCGCUGCUCGGCUGGAACUGUGUGUGUCGCUUCCAGCGUUGCUCCAGCCUCCUGCCGCUCUACGCCAAGGAGUACAUCCUUUUCUGCGUGAUCGUCUUCGCCGCCAUCCUGGCCACCAUCAUGGUACUCUAUGGCGCCAUCUUCAGGGUGGUGCGGCUCAACGGGCGCCAAGCCCCCCGGGCCCGCCGCCUGCUGCGGACGGUACUCAUGAUCCUAGUGGCCUUCGUCGUGUGCUGGGGACCCCUCUUCGGCCUGCUGCUGGCCGACGUCUUCGGCUCCAACGUCUGGGCCCAGGAGUACCUGCGGGGCAUGGAUUGGAUCCUCACGCUGGCUGUGCUCAACUCGGCGGUGAACCCCAUCAUCUAUUCCUUCCGCAGCCGCGAGGUGUGCCGGGCCGUACUGGGUUUCCUAUGCUGCGGUUGUCUGCGGCUCGGCAUUCGAGGCCCCCGGGACUGCCUGGCCCGGGUGGCAGAGGCCCACUCGGGGGCCUCCACCACCGACAGCUCGCUGAGGCCCAGGGACAGCUUUCGGGGUUCCAGGUCGCUCAGCUUCCGCAUGCGGGAGCCCCUGUCCAGCAUCUCCAGCGUCAGGAGUGUCUGA